AUCGAAAGCGCCAAGACCAAUCCUCGACGAAGAGGAAGGAAAAACUCUCUCAGCACUUUCUGUCAUUGUGUUUGUGACAUGUUGCACCUGGUGUUGUUCGACAUAUGAUUGCGUUCUCGCUUUUCACGGAGGAAGAACCCAUGCUGUCCUCGCUACGGACAUAUAAGAUCAGCGUAAUGAGUGUGACAACUGACAAGAACUCGGGGCAGUGCAGCUACUUGGAUGAGAACGUAGUUUUCUACUCAGUGUUUAACCACGCUCACGCACUGUAAUGAGAGUGACGAGCUAGUACUUAUGGUUGCAUCAAGAAUGACGCAGUCGCAGAAGUUUCGUAUCUUAUGCCUGCAUCCGAAGAACAGCAAUGCUAUCCUAUUCAAUUAUGGAAACUACAAUCUUGUCUACUAGUCGUAGUCCAAGAGGAAGGUCAAGCCUUGCUCCUCCACCCUCUAAUUCAACACGGAACUUUCGGAGUUGCAACAUGUGGUAAAAAGAAGACUGGCAGACACCGGAUUCGAAGCAGAUGGAGUUGAAUGGCAUUUUGUCGACGCACCGAACCUUGUUAAACUACCAUAUGUUAUGGCUAAGCGCUAGGGCUAAUGUUGAGAUGAUGAACUUCUUAGCAAGUACGACCUACUAGUACCAGUGUACUAAUAGAAGUAAUAGUUAUAGUUGUGACAACUGCUACUCUAUUAUUGAUACUGUCCACAAGUAGAACACGAUACCUGCGCAUGUUGACGAGGAGCCUGGCUGCACUUGUUAGUAUCAUAGUUCGCUGUCGACGUGAGCGUGACAAGAACAUUCCCAACAACCGAAGCACAUCUAAACCUACGGCAGAACAGGCUCAAGCAGACGGCUCCUCGAACGAUGGACCAGGCCGUGUCUGGUGGCACUUGCCCGAUGGGCAUAGAUCUUACACCGCAGAGGCCUAUUUUGGAGACGAUAAAUCGCUGAAAAGGAUUGAAGAUGCCCUCUCAACAUUGAAGGGGCAGCAAAGCGAUGAUGCAACUAGUGGGUAUGAUGGCAUCCUCGGUUUUUCUCAAGGUGCCAUGAUGGCAGCGAUUAUUGCUGCAAGAAAUGUAGAGAAACUGAAGUUCGCCCUUCUAUUUGGCGCUGCUUUACCAAAACCAUAUGAAAAUUUUUUGGAAGAAUUUAGACUUUCUGGUCCUUCUAUUUCUAUUAGAAUAAGUGGCACUUCUGCUUCUCCUUCGACUAGUACUACAACUACUAUUAGUACUACUCCUAGUGGUAGUGAAGCCAGUGCCACUCGUUCUAUUUGUAGCGUAUUAUCAGUUUUGAGUAAGAAAGACACGAUUAACCCUCCUGAAAUGGGAGAGUGGGUUGGAAAACGUGUUGGAGGUGAAGAUGCAAAGACAAUAUGGCAUGAUGAAGGUCAUGUGAUUCCAACAAAUAGUCUGGUCUUAGAGGAAAUUGCAGCUUGGCUUUUGUCGUUCGGAAAUCUAAAUCACUGAUGGGCGUUUCUGUCAAACUACGUAAAUAAGCCAAAGAAAGGGAAGUGUCAGGCGAGUGGCACUGUCAUU